UCGUCUGUGUUGCUCGUUGUUGCAGGGAUGGCGCCGUCCUCAUUGUUGGCGUGCAUGUCGUGCCUCGCGGUGUUCACCGUCGUGGUGGAUGCCCGCGCUGCUGCCGCCGGCGGCGCCUCGGUUGCGGCCCCGGUUGCGGCCCCGGUUGGCUCUCCCGUUGGCUCUCCGGUCAGCGUCCCGGUCAGCGUCCCGGUCAGCGUCCCGGUGGUCGGCGCCCCCGUCGGCGUCGUGGCCGCGGACGCGCGCGACCGCGUGCGUCGGGCGCCCGCUCCCGCACCCGAGUCCGAGUCGCUGGUGCUGGGCAUGCCCCCCAGGAAGGGCGUGAGCUGCAAGUACGCCCCGGUGUUCGGCUACCUGUCCGCCGACUGUGCGGACCUCGGGCUCGAGGGCAUACCGCCCCUGCGGCCCGGCGUCGAGGCGCUCGACAUGUCCGACAACAAGAUGAAGUCCGUGCUCAACAGCACGUUCGCUCGGAUCCCUAACCUGCGAAUCCUCUACUUGAACGAGAACCGCAUCAAGGUGGUCGAGGCCGGCGCGCUCGUCAUGCUCCGCUACCUGGAGGUGAUAGACCUGUCGGGCAACCGGCUGCAGGCCAUCCCCUACGGGCUGAUGGAGCUGCCCCGGCUGCGCAAGCUGUACUUCGCCGACAACCUGCUCGGGAGGCUCGACCCCUCCUUCGUCUUCGCCAGCCCAACGCUCCAGCUGCUGCAACUGUCCGAGUGCAGCCUGCCCGAGCUGCCCCUGGGCGAGCUCCCCGAGCUGCUCAACCUCAACGUGUCGUACAACGCGCUCAGCUCGCUGCCGCUGCACGACCUGUCGGCGAUGUGCCGCCUGCAGUCCCUCGACCUGUCGCACAUGUCCGAGACGCUGUUCGAGGAGCUGGACAUGGAAGAGGCCUGCCAGUGCCAGACUUUCAUGCGGUGGGCCAAGUUGCGGGGCAUCGACCUGGGGCGGUCCACCAGGAUCAUCUGCAGGAACGAUACCAACAGCGCAGACGACCCCUACAUGCCCACCUGCAACGCGACGCAGGUGCAGGCGGUUGCCCUCGAGAUGCACGGGCGGUGCGUGAAGGCCGAACACAUGGAGAUGCGCGCCCAGAUGCAGAGCUGGUGGGUCAUCGCCUUCUGCGUGGCGGUCUCCACCAUGUUCGCGUUGGCCGUCGUCCUCUGUUACUUCGGCCGGCGCAACGCCGAGCCCCGACACCACAAGGUGCCCGUCGUGGUGGUGACGGACCCCGUCCACGCCAACGGCGCCGUCCCCAGCGCCCACCACCAGGGCCGCCACAGCCGCCACGGCCGCGGCGGCGGGGGGACGUCGUCGCCGGACGGCAAAUAGCA